AUGAUUCAAACUGAGAGCGAGCAACCACUCAUUUCUCGUGCCAAUGAGGGGGGUCGCUUUCCCUGUUGUAUUACUCUAGAGGACAUCAGUGUGGAUGUCUGCACCAACUUCACCUCUGCUCUAUCGUCAUGCGUGGAAACCCCAUGCUGGGAUGAAAUGCGUGUGGUCUUUUUUAGGGAUGGUGUCACUCAGACCACACGGUGGCUCUCUCCUGCAGUGGCAAUGCAUCAGAUGAUGAGUGCAAGUGCCAAAAGAAUUGGUAUCGACAAAGGAUCUUCUGAAAGGCUGCCUGGUAUCACUGAGGUGAAGUGGUCCCCCAUCAAUGCAGCGGCCUAUACAGUAUACUUUAGGUUUCUUGAUAAGGAUGCCGACCACUCGCUCGAUCCGGGAUAUGAACGCCCAGUGUUUUCCACAAACCUCAAGUAUUUGGAUUCAUACAACACGGAUGACGCCGACCGACUUCGUUCAAAGGUAUCGCCAAAGGUAAUUCACCCUUUUUAUUUUAGCAUCGAGUGUCGUAAUCCCAACAGAGCCUUUGUAUACACCGGAGGUGAAGGAGAGCGUCCUACCAGUGCAAAGGUUGAGGCAAUGUCUGCCUACUAUUCCCGGUGCGUAUCGAAGAUAUCAACUGUGUUUAGGAAGGCUUCCAUCAAGCUUUCUUCAGGAUCCACAGAAGGAAGCCGUUCUGUUGAGGGAGAAGCCGCAGAUCGUCCUCAGACGAAGGGACAUGGCCAUUGCAGCAAUUAUUCCUCUUCAUUUUACGUGUGUGAUAAGUAUGGGGUGGACCCUAGUGAAGCGUACAACGCUCCCGGGGGAAGGCGAUGUAUUUCAUUGCCACUUAUUCCUUCGCAUUCGAAAUUACCCCAAAACAAAACAGGCGUUCCUCUUACGCUUCACCUUACCAUGGUGGCUCACCUUAACGACCCCUUGAUGCGCCCUGUACGGGAUUAUCAUUCGAUGGUGGUUUUGGUCGAUCAAGUGAUUUUAGAUGUCAUGAAUGUCGAGGCGGAGACGGGAGGGAAGGAUGCUUCUUCUGCCAGACGAGUAGAGGCGUAUGGCUUUGGUUUGACAUCGAAUACUUCCCAAACCGCGGAACUACGGUUUUCUUCUCCGUUCUUGGCUCCGCCCGACAUUCCAUUAAAUCAAGAGGGGGGAGUACGACUGGUGGACUUCUCCGUUUUACAUCCCUCACAAAAUGAGCGUGAAUUAACGGCAUUGGAUCUGGCGAAGAACCCGACGUCCAUAUGUAUUGUCUCUUCUGGAUGCAAGGUGGGAAACAAGAGGCGCAUUGGAAACCGUCCCGUGCUGGUGUCUCGAUUUAAGACGGGGGUCGAUGGUCUUUGCAAAUCGUCAUACAAGUCUCGGUUGGUGAUGGGAUUGAUUCGUCGCUACAACACUGGUGAGGUGGAGGUGGAGCGAUGCUCGCAUCCUGUCGACCUCGCUUCCAUCCUUAACCAGGAGGAAUAUUCGGACAAAAUCGGAGCCAUGAUUUUCUCCCGAGGAGAAUAUAUGAGUUUCAGACUUCGAAGGCGCUGCUUUGCGGAACCGGAGCGAUACCGCACGGAACUACUCAUGCCGUAUGAUUACGACAACAGCGGUGUAGAAAUCAGUGAUGUUGUGGACGAUGACGAUAUCGUCAUGUUCUCUGCGCAAGGUGCCAGAAUAUUACCUGAAGAAAAUGCCAGCAAAUCUGGCGGUGGCGACGAUGUUCCUAACGGUGAUGGCGGUCGCCCGGAUGAGAGUCGGAUGACUCCACAAGCCGCCACUCCCACGGGUACCACGGGGCAAUUGGUGGAGAAGCCGAUGCCAAGUGUAACGGAUAGUGUGAUGACUUCGUACAGCCAUGAAUAUCAAAGUUAUGUCCCCGCACAGAAGAACGAGAAGGAGGCGGCAACGGGUUCAUCAAAUCGUUUUAUUAUAGGGAAGCCACAGCGGGAUGGAGAUUCACCCGUCGUAAAAACUUCUCGCGACAUUCAUGCAGAGGACUCUGAGUCUUUGCGGGGUAAAGGGAAUGCGGAGGGGGCUGAAUCAAAUGCGGAUGGUCGAGUGUCUUCACGCGACGUCUCUCUCUUAAGGGAAACCGGCAUGGCGGUUGAAACGGGACAAACCAAUCCUUUUGAAAAGACGACUAGCAAUUUUUUGUUUGAUUCCGAUGCCCCCAAAGAGGGGGCAGCGCAUGAAAGUUUGUCACUUGUCACUUUUGAAUUAAAUGCUAUGGGAGGGAUAAAUGGAAAUGACGAUACCCAAUUUGCCCUGCAAGUAGAGCCGUAUAUAUCAGAGACCAUUGAUGCCCCACGCGCAACAGAGAACCCACGUGUUUACUGGUGGGAGAGCUAA